AUUAAUUUUCAAGUUGAAAGUUGGAUGAUGCACGCAGUAUUUCACAGCAAUACUUUGGGUAAUGUUUUUUUUUGUUAAGCGUCCUAUUUUUGUAGUCUUGAGUCUUGAUCUCUUAACUUCUUGAGAACAACUGCACGCCGGGCUAUUAUUAUUUUGUCGAAUAUCCGUCUCCUUUUUUGUGUAACCUUCUGCAUCAAAGUUUGGAUUUUGGUCAACUUUUGUGUAAGUUCAAACAUGCAUGUAGUAGAGUGAUGGUAAAGUGGGGAUACAUACAAAUAUGAAAACGUACAUCUCAUUUUCAGACUGAGAACCUCGUCGUCGUCCACUAUGGAAGCAAGAUAUAUGACCGACUUAGAAUGGCGAAUUUGUCACGCUGUUAACAUUUACCUAUACCGAAAUGGAAAGGAUGGAGAAGCCCCAAUUUUAGUCCAUAUUCCACCAGCCAAGAAGAAGAAUAUGCGAAGUGUCAUGAACGUGAUUCAGGAGAGGGUUAAAUUUCCCGUGGGGUUUGCGGCGUAUCUAUAUAAAAUGGACGGGAAACGCGUAAGACAUCCGUGUGAAAUGGAAAUGUACAACAACUACGUAGUUGCAUCAAACUAUGACAAGUACUUUAAGUGCGCUCAGUACGGUAGGAAACGCUCCCCCCUCCUCGUGCUUAACAGGGAGUCUAAGCACAUUCGAGUUCUGAGACAGCAAAACCAGAAUUACUACGAAUGGUCCCUCAAGAAGAAAGCAGUGGGAGAAGAACGUCCUCAGUUUAUAUAUCCCACAUUUUACACGAAUGAAAAUGCACGAGCUCAAGAUCUACCCGUGGGGCAGAUGGGUAAUUUUGUGCCCCCUGGAGGGGUUAUGCCAAAUGCGUGUUGUCCACCCCAAAGACCUGGAGAAGGACAACAAGCACCCUCAGGAUAUCAGGGAUCACAGCCGACCCCAACAAGCGGUUUUCAUCCCCCACCAUUCAAUAAUCCUUCAGCUAUGCCAAUGUUUCCUUCUUCUGGACCUCCUCCCCUCCCACCAAAGCAAUAUGCUGUGAAUCCAUGCCUGGUACAAGGAGACCAAAGUGGUCAAGAUGCUAUGAAAUCACUCCAAGAAUUUUCAGGUUUCAGGUGCGAGGAGAAAAUAAUGGAACAAAACAGUUCUCAUCUCUGGUCAAAACACGCCCAGUAUGGUCACCGUAAGAUAGAAAGGAAGCCAAAACUACGAGAAUCGGACGUAUUGAACGCCAACGUAAUAGCUGAGCUAGAUUCUAAGCCCAACUUGGACGAGUACGCUUCUGAUAGCAGUAGGCAUAGUGGAAAUAGCUUCACUGAGUCGAUAUUGGAUACUGACUGCUUGGGGGGGAAAUACCAAGAAAUGCUCAAGCAGUUCAAGAGAAAACUCAAGAAACAGGCCUUAUUGGAAUUACAAUCUUCGUAUUCGUCGAUGCAACUAUGUCGAUCUCGUUCAAGGCAUCGCUAUAAACCAAAAAAGACUUCCAGACCAGCUAUGACCAACAUGCACAGGAGUUCGUGCAUAUUGGAGACAGAGGAUGAUGAUGACGACGAACAAAUCAUUGUAUUGCCCCCACCUCCAAUAGAAUUUAGGGAUGGAAUUAUUCCGAGACGUGGAACGUUUUAUUCUUACAAUCCACAACAACAUCUGUAGUGGUCAAAUAUUCAUAAGUACAUAUAGCAAUAACGAAUAGUUCAAAAAGAUUGUAGGUGUGGAGAUGUAAUCGAAGAGCUGGCUCGACGUACAUACAUACUUACACAUGUACACAUAUAGAGACAUGGAAUUAAACUAAAGCAUAAAUAAUAAU